AUGCACGCACCUGUCGUCUUCGCCUCGAUUGCCUUUCUUUUGGCACUGAAUGUGGCCAGUGCACAAGCAGAAGUCGUCGCCCGGCAAUCCGCUCAGGACGCCGACAACACCAUAGGUCUUUACCUCAAUGGUGCCAACUUCGACAUCACUUACUUGCAAACCUUCCGCCUUUCGUAUGCCAAUUCGUCCGCAUACGUCGGUCAGAUCAAGUACCAGUCGUACGCUGAACCCCUCAUCGUGGGAGCCCUCAACGGCAGCGACAACUCGGUCUCUUUUCUCUCGAUCCACGAAUCUCCAACAGAUUACCAGCAGAUGUACGUCUUUCGCUACCAGAGCCAGCCUGUGGGAUUCAGCAUCCCUCACGGCGGCGCACCUGAGGGCGGAAGCACGACGGAUUUCUCAUUCGGUGCUGAUGGUGCACUAUUGCACAAUGGGUACAAUAGCUUUUAUGCUUGCCAGGACGACGCUCUGAGCGCAUUAAAUUCGUACCAGAUAUAUUGGCUUGAUACGGGAAACCCUGUGGGAUGGACAUGCCAGGGGCCGAUUGCGAUUCAGGCUGGAGAUGCUUGUUAG